AUGCCGUGGGCACUGCACUGGCCACUGCCGGGCCGCCGCCACCGCCAAGAUAUUCGUGCGUCGUGCUCGCACUCAAUCACCACUCACGCUUUAAUUAAUAACCCCUCGGUGCUCAUAUUCGUGCGUCUGAUCGCCUUCACGCUGUGGCGCAUCUCGCACCGCAACCCGGACGCGCUGUGGCUGUGGGUGACCUCCAACGCGGGCGAGUUCUGGUUCGGCUUCACCUGGCUGCUCGACCAGCUGCCCAAGCUGAACCCCAUCACCCGCGUGCCCGACCUGGUGGUGCUCCGGCAGCGGUUCGACCGCGCCGACGGCACCUCCCGCCUCCCCGGGCUCGACAUCUUCGUCACCACGGCCGACCCGUUCAAGGAGCCCAUCCUCAGCACGGCCAACUCCAUCCUCUCCAUCCUGGCCGCCGACUACCCCGUGGAGCGCAACACCUGCUGCCUCUCCGACGACUCGAGCAUGCUGCUCACCUACGAGGCCAUGGCGGAGGCCGCCAAGUUCGCCACCGUCUGGGUGCCCUUCUGCCGGAAGCACGGCAUCGAACCGCGCGGGCCCGAGAGCUACUUCGAGCUCAAGAGCCACCCCUACAUGGGCCGCGCGCAGGAGGACUUGGUCAACGACCGCCGCCGCGUGCGCAACGAGUACGACGAGUUCAAGGCGCGGAUCAACGGGCUGGAGCACGAGAUCAAGCAGCGCUCCGACGCGUACAACGCCGCCAGGGGGCUCAAGGACGGCGAGCCCAGGGCCACCUGGAUGGCCGACGGAUCCCAGUGGGACUCCGACGCGUACAACGCCGCCAGGGGGCUCAAGGACGGCGAGCCCAGGGCCACCUGGAUGGCCGACGGAUCCCAGUGGGAGGGCACUGUGACACCUCAGGUGGCGCCGCCGCCAUCGGCAGCAACAAAUGACAACCUCGACUUGGAUUUCCUGGAGCAUUAUCAGUCAGAUCAGAACGACCUCGCCGUGAAUUUUCUGCUUGACGACGACUACGUCCCCUUGUAUCGCAACAAGUGA